UUAUACAAGAAAAGAACCCAAAAUCUAAGGCAGAGCAAGAAUACAAGAGUCUCUCUACUUCUGCCCAGCACCUGGGGGACAGUGGCUUCCUGACUAAAUGAGACAGUGCCAUCUGUCCCCUUGCCUCUAAACGGAAACAUAACUCUGAACAUUCUGUAACUUUUUGUUCACAUGCUUAAUGGAGCUGGCAGGACCAAGAUCCUCCAUGUGGACGCCUUGGAAAAGAUAUCUUCGCCAAGAGACACAGAUGUUUCACCCAGAAAGGCUCUACGGCAUAAUAGCUCAGGCUGAGGGUACUGGACCCAACUGGCCCGGGAAAGGGAAGCGAGGCAAACGCAAGGGUCGCGCCAAGAAGCAGAAGAAGCCCGAAGUGGACAUCCUGAGCCCCGCGGCCAUGCUGAACCUGCACUACAUCGCCCACAAUGCCGCGCACUGCCUGUUCCUGCGGGGCUUCCGCUGGCCCGGGGCCCCCAAGAGCAAGAAAGGGAAAAAGGCCUAAGGCCGCAGCAUCCCGAGCUCAGCCGGGUAUCUCCCCGACCCAGAGCUGAACUCGGGGUGGGCGGUGGGGGGGUGGGAGACGCACAACGGGAGGCACGAUAUGACGGUUGCGAGCCAAGGACUCUUGACCCGGGACCACCGAGCAGCUGGCUGCGCGGGACCCGGCCAGCUGGCAGGGACGGCGCACGCUGGGCCUCUGCAGCCGGACGCGCGCGUGGCCAGCCGCCUGGGUAUUCGGACACCACGGGCAGGGCCAGUGGGUGAUGGAGCUGAUGGGGCCUGUCGGGGUGACCCCGAUUCCAGGGCAGAGGCGGCCCAGGGGCAGUCGAAGUUUGCAGGAGUGUCUUCUGAGGGCCUCCCACCUCCUGCACCUUUCUUUCAGGAAAAGGAAAUAAAUGUUUUUUGUUUUCAGGCAA